AUGACCACGGAGUCACAUGGCCGGCGAAGGCAUCAUGCAGAAGAGGCUUUGCCAUCACGUCGCGAAGACACGAGAUUCGAAGCAUCGCAGAGCUUCCACCACGCGCCUUUCCUGGCUAUCGAGGCACAGACAAGCCAUCACGACCUUCUGGCCUUGAAAUGGCCCGCUCCGCCACGAAACAUACUGUGCAUCCGCAAGGAUGACGAUGAUCAGGUCCAUAGCGCAUUGCUGGAAUACAUCACGCAUAUCAAAAGGGACUACCCGGAGACGAAUCUGAUCUUUGAGCCUUACCUCGCAAAACAACUGCACAAGAUCUUCGACUUCCCGAUCUACACCGUCAGCGAAGACGAUAGUAACGUGCCAUAUCACGAAAAGGCCGAUCUGACUACCACGCUUGGCGGCGAUGGCACAAUCCUCCAUGCUGCCUCCCUUUUCGCCACUGCAACUAGUGUUCCGCCCAUGCUCUCCUUUAGCAUGGGCACUCUAGGCUUUCUCGGUGAAUGGAAGUUUAAAGACUACAAACGAGCAUUUCGUGAAGUCUACGUCUCAGGCCACCCAUCGCCACUACCGGAGCGUAUCGGCAACGAGGUGACAGACGGCGGCAGCGGACCACGGGUCACCACAGAUGCCUCAGCCUGGGCGAACAUCAAAGGCAAAAGUAUGGGAGCGUCACGAAGCUCUCGCGUGCUAAUGCGUAAUCGUCUUCGCAUUGGCAUCUUCGACUCUGACGGCAAUCGCCUACCUCAUGAACCACCAUUCGCGCAUGCGAACAAUAAAUGCGAGGAUAUCUUCGCCCUGAACGAAGUCCUGCUUCAUCGUGGAGCACUACCACAUCUAGCGCAUAUCACCAUCCUCAUCGGCACUCCGCCCCACCAGCGUAUCUUAACGACAGCAAUAGCCGAUGGCUUCCUGGUUAGCACACCUACUGGCUCGACAGCAUACAGUCUUUCGAGUGGAGGCUGUAUUGUGCAUCCGCUCGUCUCGAGUCUUCUCCUCACGCCAAUCUGCCCUCGCAGUCUUUCAUUCAGACCUGUUGUGCUACCGGCCAAUACGCCUGUGACCUUACGCAUCGAGGCCGAGAACCGCGGCAAGGAGAUAGAGGUCUCUGUCGACGGUGUUAGGCGGAAGGAGGGUCUGAAGGCGGGCAUGGAAGUCAGAGUCGUGGGUGAGGAGGUCAGGACGCCUGGUGCGCCUGGUGCAAGGGACUGGAUGGGCGGUGUGCCGAGCAUUGUACGGUCGGGCGGCGCAGCAGACGGCGAGGACCAUUGGGUUGGUGGGUUGAAUGGCCUCUUGAAGUUCAAUUACCCGUUUGGCGAAGAUGGGUGA